ACCAACCCGACAGGGGAGCGGCCCCUACAACGCGAAGCCGCUGUCGCCCCCAGUGCCCUAAAGAGGUGGUUUUCCUCCCACGCUACCCUAACUGCCGGUGGCGGGGUGGGUGGCUAGACUUCGUUUAGUGCAUAUACGGGUAAGUACCUAGCACUAGCAGCAGCAGCAUCGUUUGACGAUGGUGGGGAGCGACACGAUGGUGGUUGUCUCAUCGUCCCGACCGACCCCGCCGGGCUCGGCCACCACAGCCACCUCUAAGGAGAAACGGGAGGUUCCUAGCAAGGGAAUCACGGCUCCAACUGCUUCGAUGACGGAACUCUUGGCCUACCGCGGCAACUCGGGGGACCGUCAGCUGUCGUCUCAACGACCGAAGGCGGAACCCGCGGAGGCAGAGCAACAGCCCUGCGCCAACGGCAACAGCAGCGGUGCCGCCACCGAGACUGCGAUGGACGACGAGACUGUCACCGGGUGUCCCUUCUCGCCCACCAGCCCAUCCUCGGGUCGUGUCCUAGGUUCGCCGUCGUCCUGCUCGUCUUGCAGCAACGCGGCCUUGUCGACGUCGCCCCCGCUUGCGGCCGUUAGCGGCGGCGGUGGUGGGUCGGGAGCGGCGACGGGGACGGCGACGGCGGCGGCGGCUUCGGUGUGUGAAAGCCUGACGGCCACGCUGCCAUUGCAGGACACUACUAGCAAGGCUGGCGGUGGGAACGGUGACGGGGACGCGGUUCCCUGUCGCUCGUCUCAGUCUCAUCGAGCGUUUUUCCUGUCUUGCGGCGAGGACGCAAAACGCUUAGCCGGCGGCGUGGGGCGGGCGAGCGAGGAGGUUGGUCAGUGUCGGGACGGCGGUGGUGUGGCUGCCGUUGAAUCUGCCGCACGACGAGAAAACCUCCCCGCUGCCGGAAGGGAUUGUUAUCCCCCCGCCGCUGCCGCCGCCGCCGCUUCCCCGCGAGCUGCUGCCGUUGCCGGUGAUAGCGCGGGCAACCACCACCACGACGGCCGCGACGGGGAGAAGGCUUCGCUUUCCCAGCAGGUGCAGUCGCUGCUGGCGAGAGUGGAGUUCCUGGAGAAGCAGCGAUCGUUCGAAGGGGCGGGGGUCUCGUGUGGCGGGAGCGGGAGGGCGCCGCCGCUGAUCCUGACGCCGCCUCCGAGGCUGGGUGGCCACCGCGCUGCCGGAGGGGAGGGGCACCACGCGGUCGGGGUCAGCACGACGCCGUUCACGGGGCUAGACGUCCUCUUUCGCACGCCCAAGCAACCGCAAGAAAGUGCGGAGCGAUACACCCAGCACGUCGUCCACCCCCCGCUGUCCCCGAGCCGGGGGAAAACACGCUGGGCCGCCCCCCGCGUCACCUCCACGGACGGAGAUAACAGCAACAUCGGCCAGUCGGAGUCGCCGAGAAGAUCACGCCUGACUUGGUGUGCGGGAGACGGCCAGGAAGCCAUCGAAGCCAGGGGGGGCAGAGCCCCCCCGCGGGCUCAAGGGGAAGGGCCAGCGGUGCAGCAGCCACCGUCGCCCCCCCUCUACAGCCUGGGGGAUGCGCGAGGAAAGUGGGCGUUGGAAGCGAGAUCGCCCUCUGACCUGGGGGGCGACGGGAGGAGCUUGUCGCAGAAUGCGGCGCGCGGCGGGGGGGACGGGCGCUGGGGUUCGCGUCCCCGGUCUGCGACGGAGGGAGUGGCAGGGGGCGGGGACGGUGCGGGAGGCGAAAGGGGGAGGAGCCUGUUUCCGAGCAACCGAGAUACUAGGAGGUCCGACCGCGAAACGUACAGCCCCGACGGAUCGACAAAGCGCGGCAGCCCCAAGCACAGGAGCAGUCCACGGAGCCCCCGGAGAAGCUCUCGGAGCCGGAGCCCGCUGUUGGAGUCAAGAGGGGACAGGGGUGAGCAAGUUGCUGGUGCUGCCGGGAGCGAAGCAGUUGCCGGGGGGGAGGUCGGCGGCGAUAUUGCUGCCAAUGGAGGCGGUGCUUGUGCGUUCGCUGGGGGAAAGGUGGUGGCGGGACCAAUCUCUCUGCUGGGGUACUUGAGAGUGGAGGUGUUUGGAGCAGAGGACCAUGGGGUGGUGGACACUCAGGCGAACCGCACGGUGAGAAAUUUCCUGACGGUCCCGAGGCAGCUAGAGAGGCUGCUGCUGUUCGGCAUGCUGGUGUGCCUCGACACCUUCCUGUACGUCACGACCUUCCUGCCAAUCAGGAUCGUCAUCGGUGUCGUUUCGUCCCUCUUCUCUCUCCUCACGAGGUGCGGAAAUUUACCGCGAUCGGCGGUGUUUUACUUUUGGCCGCCCGUCGCAUUCGCUGGCGUGUAACGAGCGCUUUGCUUGGUUGAAGAUGUCCUAGAUGCGAGUAUGCGCGCAUGUCCAUGAGAAAGGGCGUGUGGUAUGUAUCACGGGGGGGNGGGGGGGGGGGGGGGGGGGGGGGGGGGGGGGGGGGGGGGGGGGGGGGGGGGGGGGGGGGGGGGGGGCAUGUCGAAGUUUGCCGGGACCCUCGCACGUUGGCAUGUGUCUGUUGGCGGGGUGUAGCCAGGGUAUGUUGCUUGACCCCUCUUCCGCAGUCCACUUGGAUUUCCUUGUUUUGAUAUUCUCGUUUUGUCCACCAAGCUGACGACGACGACGACGACGACGACGAUUGCGAAAGACAAGGGGCGUGUCGAACCUCUGAGAAUCGUGUGGACGUUUCCUCCCGCUGACGGAGACACGAGCGGUCGGUCCACCCUUGUUUUUUUUUUUUCUUGCGACUUUCUUCCUCAAGAUUCUUUCGGCGUCCAGCAAUUGAGCUUUGGAAAUCGGUGUGUUGGCGGUGCCACCUCUCCGCCUCUUGGCGUAUCGUACGAAGCAGAUCAAUCGUCCUUGAAUCGGUCAACACACAUGUCCGACGUUGUUGAAGCAAGUAAAGUACCCCUGUCGGCGUGUUGUUUUGCGUAGUUUUUUUUUUUUUUUUGGCUCUUUUCCCUCAUCAUGCAGAGGUCAGGAUGUAUGGUAUAUCCACGAAGUACAGACACACAUUGAUCAGUGAGAUGUGUGACAUUAGAUCAUUGUUGUUCCGAGGACCGUCACUCUCCUGACGUAUCGUUUCCUCUUGAAAUUUGUGUACCGGGCACGAUCUUUUUCUUGCC